ACUGUUGAACGAAACACAUCUACAUCUUCAUCAGUGAAAGCAGAAGGUCUGUUGCGGAUCAUGGAGUCUGACAGGUCCGGAGGAGCUCCGGAGGAUCCGGUUGUCUUGCCCGUGAAGCGUCAGGCGGUAAAGAGACACCAUCACAAACACAACAUCAAACACAGAUAUGACUUUCUGGAGACCCUCGGAACAGGCACGUACGGACGGGUGAAGAAAGCAACGGACCGAUCCGGCAGAACGGUGGCGAUCAAAUCCAUCCGUAAGGAGAAGAUCAAAGACGAGCAGGAUUUGAUUCACAUUCGUCGUGAAAUCGAGAUCAUGUCGUCACUCAGUCACCCGCACAUCAUCACCAUAAAUGAAGUAUUUGAGAAUAAGGACAAGAUUGUGAUUGUGAUGGAAUACGCGAGCAAAGGAGAUCUGUACGACUACCUCAGCGACAGACAGACGAUCACCGAGACGGAAGCGAGACAUUUCUUCAGACAGAUCGUCUCUGCUGUCCACUACUGCCACAGGAAUGGGAUUGUCCAUCGUGACCUGAAGUUGGAGAACAUUUUGCUGGAUAGCAACGGCAAUAUCAAAAUUGCCGACUUUGGGCUGUCCAAUCUUUACCAGAGGGAUAAAUUCCUGCAGACGUAUUGUGGCAGUCCUCUAUACGCUUCCCCCGAGAUCGUGAAUGGAAGGCCGUAUAGAGGACCAGAGGUAGACAGCUGGUCUUUAGGCGUUCUGCUCUACACGCUUGUACAUGGAGCCAUGCCUUUUGACGGACAAGACCACAAGAACUUGGUCCAACAGAUCAGCACCGGAGACUACCGUAAACCCACCAAACCAUCUGAUGCGUGUGGUUUGAUCCGCUGGAUGUUGAUGGUGAACCCCGAGCGUAGAGCUACACUAGAAGAGAUCGCUGGCCACUGGUGGCUCAACUGGGGUUAUCAAAACCCCUUAGUGGCCCAGAAUGAGAGUGCAGCAGCUGUCCAUCAGGCAACUGGACAUGCGACCACAGCGUGUCAAACCGGUGGUCCAACCCGCAUUGCGGACUGGCUGCGCCGCACCUCUCGUCCUCUGCUAGAGAGCGGAUCAAAGAUGCGCUGCCUGUUGCGGUCAGGUGGUGGCGCUGGAGGCGAGACGGUGACGCGUCAGCGCUCCAUACGCAGGUCACGCAAAGAAAACAACGUUUCGCAGACCAUGCAGGAAGGCUCUGCCCCUCGCCCCUCAAAGGGAAUUCUGAAGAAGCGGGGAAGCCUGAAACAGAAAUUUUCAAGUGACGCCCAGGCUACGCCUUUGGAGGAGAAAAGUCCCAACACCUUCGCAUUUACCUCGACGUCCACGGCGCCACCUGCCUUGCCUCCGCCUCCUAAAGGGAUCCUGAAGAAGCCGCCCGAAAGAGAGUCGGGCUAUUAUUCGUCUUCCCCAGAGAGCGGUAACUCUAGCCAGACACUUCUGUGCCUGUCACCCGCGCAGCACCGUAAGGGAAUCCUCAAAAGGCACGGCAAGUUUUCUGGUGGCCUGCAAGAAUUCGGGUCGCUGGAUCAACUUGCACCUACCGUACCCACCGUGAGCAGUAGAUCCCGACCGACUGGAGCUAUCAGCGAGGACAGCAUCCUCUCCUCAGAGUCCUUUGACAGACUCGACCUACCUGAUCACCAGAUUCCAGUCAACGCAAUGGAAUGUCCAAGAGGGGGCAACAGAAUGCGAGGAUGCGUUUCUGCCGACAAUCUUCUCAACUUGAGGGACGUCAGACCCUCUCAACCUCAGGGACAUUGGGAAAUGGACAUCGCCUGCUACCGCGCAGGAGUGUACGACAGCGCGUUCUCAAUCGCCAACUGUGAGAACGUAACUCAGAAUUACAAACAAGCUUUGAGCUUAGCCGCAAGCUGAGGCGUGGGUGCAAAAUCUCUUGUAAUGCAUCCUUUUGAGUUCUCAGGUUGGUCACAAGGAAUUGUGAGCUGUUGAUCCAUUUCUACUUGAAAACGUUCUGGAGAUUUAAGGAUGGUCAGGAAAUGGACCAUAACAGAGGACAGGAAGUCCAAUGGGGCCAAUUAAGAAGAUGCACCGAGUCUGAUGGAAGAACAGCUUAUAAUGUUGCAUUUUUAAACCCUGUUUGCAAGAUGUGAUACAAUGGCUUUUAUAAUGUAGACUGGAUUUGGCAAAAGUCCCAUUUUAUGUUCUCGACUGCCCUGCUCACAUUGAAGAACAACUGAUUUGUUACCAUUUUAACUGUUUGUGAUUUUUAAAACAAUUAUUCAGGGUGUUGGUUUGCUAAAGUACCAAAGAUGAUUCCCUACAAUUCAGAACCCAUGUGAAUUUAGUUCUGAAUAUUGUCCGUUGAUUGCACAAAUGUACGCAAUGAAGACAAAAACAGGUCACGGUAGCAUAAAGAUGUACGAUACUGGAGAUAGAACAUGCAGAACAACACAAGCAAAAAACGCAAAUCAGGUACAAAGAUGAGAGAAGGGCAUAAGAGAUGAGAGUGGUUAAAUAGAGCAAGUCUGAAGAGCCUUGCUGCCAAUUCGACUUUUACAACCCCUCGGAAUUCACGGGUCAGAUGGAUAUAAUCAGAUAUUGUCUGUUUAUGGGUUUAUGAAGUCUGAACUUUCAUUUAAUCUCAGUUUCAUGAUGAGUGUUUAAACUGCGCAGAUAAGAGCAUUUAAACUGUACUUCCACGUAGCAGUUUGUUUUGCCCUGACCUCUCUGAAUGAGAUCAAACUAGAAGAUGGUUUCAAAAACUCUGUCCUCAUUUUGAGACAUUUAGUAUUUAGGUGCAUGAAAAAUAUGUAUUUUUUUUUUCUUGCAAUCUGGAAAUGAAUAUGUUUACACUUCUAUUUAUUAAAAGGAUGGUUCACCCUGAAAUAGAAAUGAUAACAAUGUUUGACAGAAUCUUUUUACGGCAAGUUCACCCAGAAAAAGUGUCAUAUCAAGGUGUUUGGUGUUUCGUCACAGUAUUUCUAAUCGUAUUGUCCGUCGCAGCAGCAGUGCUGUGGGUUCGGCUCUAAUCUGUGUUGUACAUUGUGGGUUUGUGGGUGUUUUGCUUUCGUUUGGUAUAAUUUUUGUUUGAAUUUCAGCAUGUUUGUUUGCCAAAGUGCCUGAUCAUGUCUCUUUCAAUCAGUGGACCAAUAAAACAACAGAAAUUGAAACUGAA